AUGGAUAAGGAGACAAACCUCCCAUCGCUAACUUUAUAUCGGAAAUACCAACGCAAGACUUGCAAUCUAUGCUUGCAUGAAUUAUUAUUAUAUACAAACAAGGGAAGGUCACAUUAUACAUCGAGUUUAUGUCGCAAAUUUAAUGCGAACGAACUUCGACAAAUGCUCGAUAAUGCUGGCGCUGCGGAUAACAGAGCAUAUACAGCAGUUACUCUUGAAGAAGCAAAGGAUGAUAGGAAUGGCACAGUUUUACAAGAACCAGGAUAUCAAAUGGCACACUUUAAAUUUUUAGAAUCGGAACUGACCAAAAACAUACAUAUGCGAAGUGCAAAACUUUAUCAGCUCCCAUUUUUCCCAUCGUAUAUCGACGAAAAAUUUAAUAAAAUAUGUGAAUUAAACCAAAUAAAUUCAGGAACUUCUGAACAACUAGAACCCUGCAAUCAACAUGGAGAUAAUGAUAGCUGCAUUUCUUGUAAAGAGAUUUACAUGCUCGAAGCGAAUUGUUUCCCUCGAUUCAUAAGUUCUACGCGCUGUUUGAAGGAGCAUAUGUCUUGUAACUCAGGUGAGAUAAAAUAUGGUGAUGAUAUUUUUAUCAAACACUAA